UUAUAGAAGACAGUGUGAGACAGAGAGAGAGAGAGAGAGAGUCUAAUCUAUAAAUAUCUUCUCUUCCUCUCCUUCUUCUUGUUCCCUCACUUGCCCCUUCUUCUUCCUAUUGCUCCCGAGUCAAAUCGUCUUUUCUCUCUCAAGGUUUUCCAAUAUUGAAACUCAGGGAGUUUAGUUAUGCUUUAUUUAUGUACAUUGAUAUGACUGUUAUGUUUCUGAAUUUUGUUAUAAAGGAUUUUAUAACUGUUGGAAGUUUAAAAACCUUGCUUUGCAGGUGUUUGUGCUCAGUAGACAACAACACUGUUGGUUUAAUUCUGAAGCUCCUUAACUAUGAGAGAAAGGAUAUGAGUAGGUACAAUUACCCAGCGUCCAGUGAGGUUGUUGAUGUGGUUGGCCAACUGUGUGCAAACCCAUUAGCUAUUCAUGGUAUCAAUCUCUUUACAAUGUAGAGUUUCUGAAAAAGUUCAUGGAAUCUGGGUGUUACUCUCCCACCUAAACCACAGUAUGCUGACAUAAAGGUAGAGUCGGAGAUGUAGGCAUAUGAUGGUGUAGGAGCCUCGAUUUUCUGGGAUCGUGGAAGAUUCUGUUCCAAAGAAGUUGGCAAAGUAUCAAAUGUUGACUCGACCGCUACGCUUGAAGCUUUCUAAAGCAACUUCACCGCCUCAACAUUGAAUCCUUAUCAACCUCUACAUUUUAUUUCUUAUAAACCCUGGUCCAGAGACCUCCCAGCCAAAACCAUAUUUUCUGAAAUCUUAAACUUCAGUACGAUAAUGGGAAGAUCACCAAUGGUUCCCAUGGCUGUUCUUGUUUAUGUUUCUCUACUGUUCUCUGUUUCUUAUUCCUCCACGUUCGUCAUCACGAAUAACUGUCCCUUUACUAUUUGGCCUGGUACUCUUUCAGGCUCUGGCACCCAACCACUACCCACCACGGGGUUCAGGCUUGACGUGGGACAGUCUGUUAAGAUUCCCUCGGUUCUAGGCUGGUCAGGUCGGAUAUGGGCUAGAACCGGCUGCAACUUUGAUGCUAACGGCGCGGGAAAAUGUAUAACCGGAGACUGCGGUGGGAAACUGGAGUGUGCUGGUAAUGGUGCUGCUCCUCCCACAUCACUCUUCGAGAUUACGCUCGGUCACGGUUCUGGCGACAAAGAUUUCUAUGAUGUCAGUCUCGUUGAUGGGUAUAACCUCCCCAUAGUUGCUAUCCCAACAGGCGGUGGACUGGUUGGAGCUUGUAAUGCUACAGGAUGUGUUGCUGAUAUCAACAUUAGCUGUCCAAAGGAGCUUCAAGUGAUGGGAGAGGGAGAGCAAGAAAGAGGAGGAGUUGUCGCUUGCAAGAGCGCUUGUGAGGCCUUUGGAUUAGACCAGUACUGCUGCAGCGGUCAGUUUGCUAACCCAAACACAUGCCGGCCGUCUUCAUACUCUACCGUCUUCAAGAGAGCUUGUCCUAGAGCUUAUAGCUAUGCCUUUGAUGAUGGAAGCAGUACUUUCACUUGCAAGGCUUCUGAAUAUGCCAUUAUCUUCUGCCCUGGCAGGGUAAAAAGACCAAGCAGCCAAAACUCGGAUCCCCCUAGCCAGCCUCAGAAUCCAUACGGACAACCUAUGGCUCCUCCGACUCAGAAUCCCUCUAUGGCUCCUCCAACUCAGAAUCCAUACGGUCAACCUAUGACUCCACCAACUCAGAAUCCAUACGGUCAACCUAUGGCUCCACCAACUCAGAAUCAGAACCCGCCUGGACCAAACCAGAAUCCGAUGACUCCUCCACCUCAGAAUCAGAAUGGUAAUGGGCAGUUUGUGCCUCCUCCCAGUGUAAACCAAGCUCCAAACGACCAGUUUAUGAAUCCCCCAAUGGAGGAUGAGAGUCAAAGAGCUGAAACUGGGAGGGUUGCCAAGAGCCCAUCCUCGUCUGACAUUCUUCGACCUUACCCUGUCUUGUUGUUUCUUGGCCUCAGUCUAACUGCUUUGAGACAAUCGUGCACGACAUGAACCAACACUGUUCUUCCUUUUUAAUGGGAAUUAGUACAUAAGCAACUUCAUUGUCUUCCGAGAGAUUCUGAACUUUAUUGAUCAAAGUCCUUUUUAUUACCUUGAAUUGGAUUCACAACUCAUACAUGUAAAACUUGUCUAUUUCAUGUAUAUAGUAUUGUCUCAACUUGAAUAAAGAAAAUUACAAGUUUUUAAAAAGUAAA